CCCCCCCCCCCCCACACCCCUUCCCUGCACCUCUCAGUCGGUAGCAUGUCGUGAAGGCCGUGCACAGCGCAGUUCGGUCAUUCCGUGUUCCACCGCUCUGCUCUGUCGUUGUCGACUACGGGGGCCUCGGGCUCGGGGCUUCUGAAGGAAACGGAAGGAUUUAGGAUCGAAGAUGCAAUGAGGUCGGCGAAGCGGCACAUCGCUCCUGAACUUCUAAUCAUGGGAUCAGAGAGAGAGAGAGAGAGAGAGAGAGAGGUGAAGGGAAAAGAUCCGCAAGACAGCGACGGGAGGAAACUGCUGGCAGCCAACCGAGAGUGAAGAGUUGCACUGUUUUUUGUCAGAAGUCGAAAGUUUUUGUCAGAAGCCCGGCCAGAACAAUGUGCAAUGAGGCAAGCUUUUUUUAAUGAAGCAUAUUGUGGACCUUGGUUUGGAGGACAUUUUUAUGUCUUUUCUGGUGAACAGCCAACGCUCCUUUUGGCUCUGGCACACACCGAAGGAAGAGUGAGGAGGUAACUCGCUUCUGUUUUGUCCUCGGAGAGAGCUUCACUUUCGGUUUUGGCACGGUGCACAGAGUCAUUUAAAAUGGCUUGCUGAUUCAUUUGGACCGACUUCAGGACCAGAAAAUACAGCAGGGGGGGGGGGUGUAAAAAAAAAACGAAACAAGAAUGGCCUAACACUCCACAGCUCAGUGCUGGGGAGUGAGUUUGGAACGUACAUCACAUUUCACUUGAUGGAGCUCCUGGGAUGGCGGGCUGUUGAUUCUCCCCAUGGGGCUUCGUAAGAGAGUUAAGCCACAGCGUCAGCCACAGUCCCACCGUGCCGCUCCAGUUAGCGAGCCGGCUGGUGGGCGCCCUUCAAAUGCAAGCGGGGCAGUGGCGGCGGCGGCGGGCGGCGGGCCGGCGAGGACGGGGUCAAGCGCUGUGCAGCAAAGAGGCACACGCACGUUCCCUCCACCGGGGGGAGCCGGAGAUUGCCCCGGGGUUGGCUGCGGCUCAGCCGUGCCAUCCAGGUGGCCAUGCCGACUGCGCUCUGUUUCCAUGGCAGCGGGUCUCAUGCUUGCUGCUGUGCUGGCAUUGGCUCAGGCCUGGUGCGUUAACUCCAUCCAUGAGAACCUGCUGUGGUUCUCCAAAUUAAUGGAAGUUGAGCGUGAGAUCUCCUUCCGGACAGAGUGUGGACUGUACUACUCCUACUACAAGCAGAUGUUGCAAGCUCCGACCAUAGGACAAGGGCUCUGGGAUCUGGUCCAUGACAACAUGACAGAGUCCAAGAGGACCAUCAACCUUCUGCAGAGGAUGAACAUCUACCAGGAGGUCUUCCUAAGUGUGCUCUACAGAGUGCUGCCCAUCGAGGGGUACUUGGAACCCAUCUAUUUCUACAUCUACACAGUGUUCUCCCUCCAGGCAGUUUAUGUGAUCGCUCUCUAUCUGACUGCCUGGCUGCUUUCCGGCACAUGGCUGGCUGGGGUCCUGGCCGCUGUGUGGUACAUUCUCAACAGGGUGGACACCACAAGGGUGGAGUUUACCAUCUCCCUCAGAGAGAACUGGUCCAUGCCCUUCCUGGCCCUGCAGGUCGCUGCCAUCACAUGCUACCUCAGGCCACAGCUCUCAGCACUACUGAAGCGAGUGAUGGUGUGGCUGGUGUUUGUGACCAGCGUCUGCUUCUGCCUCACCUGGCAGUUCAACCAGUUCAUCCUGCUGGUCCAGGCACUGGUUCUCUUCUCCAUGGAUGCCCUGGACCUCAUCUCAGCCAGACAAGUGACCACACUUUACCUGGUCCAGGUGUGCAGCCUGCUGUGUGUGUGGCUCCUCCAGUUCUGCAACUCCAUGAUCCUGGGUUCGCUGGUCCUCAGCUUCAUCAUGUCCGCGCUCUUCGUCAAAUACUACCAGCCCGGUCUGAAGUCAGGGGGGCUGCUGGCACGCCUGGCGAAGCUGGUCCUACACACCCUGCUGGUUCUCUCUCUCACCGGCGUCAUCAACUACUUCACCAAGAAAGCUCUUCAAGUCAGAUCAGACGAACACAUCUUUAAAUUCAUCAAGUCCAAGUUUGGCCUGGGUCCGACACGGGACUUCGACGCCAGCCUUUAUCUGUGCGAGGACGCAUUCGGCCCGUUACCCAUGGAUACGCUGGAGCGUCUGGGAGGGACUCUGCUGCUGUACCCCUACGUUCUCACCAUGGGGGGACUGAUUGCCGUGCUUGCCGUGGUCGCCCUACGCAACCUCAGUGGGAGCAAAGCGAAGGAGGCGUCGGUUGCGGAGGAGGAGAGGAAAGGAGGAGGCGGAGGAGGUGGAGGAGGAGAGGUGGCUGGGGCCUCAGCCAUUCUAAGUCCAGACCUGGCGUACAACCUGCUACACACCUUGUUCUUCGGCCUGCUGGCGUUUAGCACCAUGAGGAUGAAGUAUAUUUGGACGGGUCACAUGUGUGCGGUGGCAACCUACAGCGUCUGUGCUCAGGAGCCUCUGACACUGGUUCUCAGGCUGAUCCGAUGUCACAGCAAAACCAUGAUUAGGAUAAUUCGAUGUGUGGUUCCGUUGGUGUUGAUUGGAUGCCUGUACGUCAAGUUCUGGCCCCAGAUUAUGAAGGAAGUGUCUGAGCUGAGGGAGUUCUAUGAUCCUGACACUGUUGAGCUCAUGAACUGGAUCAGCUCGGACACCCCUCAGAGGGCUGUUUUCGCCGGCAGCAUGCAGCUCCUGGCUGGGAUCAAGUUGUGCACAGGCAGGGUCCUCACAAACCACCCUCAUUACGAGGACCGCGACCUGAGGGAGCGGACUAAGCAGGUGUACCAGGUGUACGCGCAGCGCUCCCCAGAGGAGGUGCAUCGGGUGCUGCGGGCGGCCGGGGCCGACUACGUGGUGCUGGAGGACAGCGUGUGCUACGAGCGGCGGCACGCACGCGGCUGCCGCCUUCGAGACCUGCUGGACCUGGACAACGGACACAUCAUGGAUGGACCCGGAGAGAACGAUCCCGACCUGGUGCCCGCCUCCAAUCCGCGGUUCUGCGAGGCAGUGAAGACCGACUCUCCGGUCUACUCUGCUCUGUUCACCCAAGCCUUCCGGAACAAAACCUUCCACGUUUACCGGCUCAAGAAGAAGCGAAAGAGAGGCUCCAAGAGCUCCGCGGAGCCGACCCGGACUCACUAACACGUGGACAGAGAGGUGGAAAAAAUAUGUCUCGCAGGCAUCUUCAUGGACAGCUAAGGAGAAUAAUCAAAGCCUGGUCCUGUGGAAUGGGAAGUGAGUCCGGCUUUGUUGUGAUCCCUUUUAUUUAAUUGUUCGCUAACCUUUCGCUGGCCGCUUUUCAGCCGUGAGAAUGUUUUUUUUCUGUAGAUUGAUGGAACAUGGUGGGAGGGAAGUCCAAUUAAAGAGCUGUUUCCAGAGCCUACAAGGCUACCUUUCUCUCUCCCUAUCCAUCUAUCUAUUUCUCUUGCUCUCUCUGUCUCUUUCUAUCUGUCUCCAGCUUUCUCAUUGUCUCUCUCUCUACUCCCAGUAGAGUUUUUUCAUAUUUUAAUGGUGUAAUAGAAACCUUUUGAAACAAGGUCAAUUAUCAAGCUUGUGGUUUGGCAGGCAGCAGUUCGCUUUUCGUGUGAUACAGUAUUAAGUGCAUUAAGCACUGUCUUUUGUUUUAGUUCCCUUGCUGUGAUUUUAAAUAGGCAAAAUGGCUCACCAUGAAAGGUUACUGUCUGUUUAAUUUCUUCAUUUGGCUUUAACAUCCUCACUACACAGCAUUUUCUCACUGUAGAUAGUGACAAAUCUUUCUCAUCCUCCUUCAGUCAUUUACAUAUUUUGGGGUAAUUGGGCAUUUUUGAUCCACAGGGUAAUUUAAUCUAACUAAAAGCACUCAGCCCUCAAUAUAUUUGUGUUAAAGAAGCUAAAAAAAUCAGCCUUAUUUUGAUGAAUGCGCUUUGAAAAUGACUACGACUAAAUUAAUUCACACAUUAAAAAGCUCUGCCAAGGCACAAUGUUAUAAUUAGGAAUUGGAAAUCCUGAAAUGCACACAUUGAACAGUGUCCAACUUGAAUCCCUCAGGUGGUUGUGGUAAUGGUGGUGGCGGUGCUGGUGGGGCGCUGGUAUUCAUCUGGGAAAUGGACUACUAUGCAGCCAUUGGAGUAACAAACAUUAGCUUAGCGUUGCUAAGCCUCUCCGGGAGGUGUGUUUGCCGGGACUCGGUGAACGAUGGAGAGGAAAGGAAAGAGACUCAGAGACGCGACUUGCAUGUGACUAUUUACUCGAUAAAACCCUGUUGUCAACGCAGCCCAGACCCCUUAUGUAAUCGGAGGCAUGUCAGCUGUUUGCCGACCUCUCACACAGAGAAGGAAUCUUGGGCAUACACACAAACACUCACCAUGCUUGCACACACACACACACACACACACACACACACACACACACACACACACACACAAACACACACAUAAUGAAAGUGGUGCCGACAGUUGGUUGGCGUCCAACUGAGCUGAUUCCCUACUGUGCUCCCAAAUGUUUCGGAGAGAGAGAGAGGGAGAGGGAGAGUGAGGAUGUGGGGUGGGCGAGGGAGAAAGACACCAACAGAAUAACGGAGAACGAAAAUGUCCAUGUUUGAAUAGAGAAAAACACACGGUUCCCCUGAACCAAAGGGAAAUGGCUGAAAGGUAGGAGCUAUCUGACAAAGGGAAGGUGGUAAGAGAUGGGAUCGGUUUGGAUUGGGUAUAAAAAUAAACGAGAGGGACGUGUGUGUGUGUGUGUGUGUGUGUGUGUGUGUGUCAGUGAGUCAGUAAUUACAGGGCUGGCUAGUUGAAGUUGCGUUCAAAAGCCCGCAUGCUAAGAUGUUUGCCGCCCCCGUCCCUUUCAUUCUCGUGUCCCGCUGCCUACAUGAGUGUGCACAUGCAAAUCAGUGUCCCGUCUCUGAUGGUCCGCACCGCCGCCAGCACACACACCUGCGUACCGAUUUCGAAUACAGGCUUUUCCUUUUUUUUAAGGCGGACAAUGAGGUAUUCACUGUUAUUGUGAGUGAGUGCUGUGUAGAUUGGCGCCAGCGACGGCAUUGAAAUGCCCCAAUCAGAGAUCACAGUGAAAUAACGCCUUUUCUCUCUCGCUACGGCUCCUGAGGAAGAUGUUUCAUUCGGGACGUGUCGGAUUGGUAUAUUCGAGAUUGGCUGUUUAGUGUGUGUGUUUACCUGCCAGGAGCACACUCAUGUAAAUUGUGUUUUCUUUUAUUGCAUUAUUUUCCUUGUCAACAUUAUUGAUUUGCGUGCGUAUUAAUGGGGAUCAUUUGAGGCCUGCUGCUUCUGUUUUGAAAAGAUAAAUGUUGUUGGUGAUUAUUUACCGUGUAUAUAUUUCAACCUUCUUGGGGAUGGGGGGAUGUUUGCAGUCGCGGUACUCCACCGUUGCGCAAACUUCAGAUGAAGGGCAGGAAGUGAAAGGCAGAACGUCAAGCAACAGUCCUCGGUUGAUGAAAACAGUGUGGAACCAUAUGUUUGAGAACGAUGUCAGACAAAAUACUUCAAUGUAUUGAAACUGGUCCAUAUUGGUUUAAAAAUAAUGAUUACUCAAACGAUAAUAAUGAUUUACCUGCUAGCAAGUGAGUAGACAUAGUAAAUUACCUUGGACUGUCGCCCAAGUACUUCAACAGAGCUCACAUGAUCAGCAUUCAAAAGCCAGGAGCCAUGUCACUUAUCUGCCAAUGGGUUUGGCAGAUAAGACUUCCUGCCCUCAAUCUCAUAUUUGCUCCAGUGGUGUGACGUCCCCUGCAAAACAAAACAACCUAUUAGGAGUAAUGGGAAUAUUUGUCAAGUGUUACUGGGUGUUACGAAACGACAAUGGCACUUUUGGGUGUAUUGUGCCAAUGGGUGUAUUGUGCCAACCUGUAUUGUGCCAAAUGAGGUGCCAUUGUUUGCACAGCUAUAGCAAUGGCUCUCCCAUUGUUUAACAAGUUUGACUCGGUUGUUAGAGAAAAGUUUUGGUGUAAAUACGUCACACUGGAAUCCAACCCACAGGGCUAUCAUUCCGCCUAAGUUUGAGUAAAUGGGAAUCAGCGAAUGCAGCAUCUUGUGUUUGAACAGCAGUGAUGAUCAAGUGUUUGUUUGUUCAAUUCAAUGACUUCUGUCUGUCUUCUGUUUAGUGUUUUGGAGGAAAGCUUGUCAGAAUCCUUUCGUUAGCAUGGUACCCAUUCAUUUCAAGAUCCUGCCAUUAGUUUGGAACCUUGCAGCGGGGUCUUCAAAUGAAUGCAAUUGGAUUGUCAUCAUGUUGUGGUUAUGAGAGUGGUAAUAAAACCGAAUGUGUGUACAGAA